AUGGUUUGCAGAAGCAAACUCCAUCACACUCUCCUUUCUGUUAUAUGUGUAAUCCUCUUUUCCUAUGCAGGGGCUUAUGAUCCCCUGGAUCCUACCGGGAACAUAACAAUGAAAUGGGACGUCAUGUCCUGGACUGCCGAUGGUUACGUCGUGGUGGUGACAAUGACCAAUUUCCAAAUGUAUCGACACAUAAUGAGCCCUGGAUGGAAACUGGGGUGGGUCUGGUCCAAGAAAGAAGUGAUCUGGUCCAUGGUGGGAGCUCAAGCCACUGAACAAGGAGACUGUUCUAAGUUCAAGGGGAACAUACCACAUUGCUGCAUGAGGAAUCCCACUGUGGUCGACUUGCUUCCUGGGGUACCUUACAAUCAACAGAUUGCUAAUUGCUGUAGGGGCGGACUUGUGGCAUCGUGGGGACAAGACCCUUCAGCUGCGGUCUCAUCGUUUCAGAUCAGUGUCGGGCUUUCCGGUACUUCGAAUAAGACGGUGAAACUGCCCAAGAACAUCACACUGGCAGCUCCUGGAGGGGGCUACUCUUGCAGCCAAGCAACAAUUGUUCCAUCUUCGAUUUUUCUGUCGCCAGACGGUCGCAGGAAAACUCAAGCACUAAUGACGUGGAAUAUUACGUGUACAUACUCGCAGCUGGUGGCAUCUCGGUACCCAAGAUGUUGCGUCUCCAUGUCAUCUUUCUAUAACUCCACGAUUACUCCUUGUCCAACUUGUGCUUGUGGCUGCCAGAACAAAAACAAAUGCGUCGAGAGCAUUCCGACGAUACAAAGCAUUGUUACACCGACAAUCGACAAUCCAAUACUACAGUGCACAGAGCACAUGUGCCCCAUCAGGGUCCAUUGGCACGUCAAGACCAACUACAAAGAUUAUUGGCGCAUAAAGAUGUCCAUCAUCAAUUUCAACUACCUCGCUAACUACACUCAGUGGACACUCGUUGCCCAGCAUCCAAAUCUGAACAAUGUCACCCAAGUUUUCAGCUUCGCCUACAAGCCGCUUGUCCCGUACAAAUCCAUGAAUGACACUGGCAUGUUCUAUGGGCUAAAGUUCUUCAAUGACGUCAUCAUGGAAGCUGGGCCGGACGGGAACGUGCAAUCGGAGAUGAUCCUGCAGAAAGAUGCUUACACGUUCACACUUAGCGAGGGUUGGGCAUUUCCACGGAAAAUUUAUUUCAAUGGGGAGGAAUGCAUGAUGCCGUCUCCUGAUCAGUACCCGCAUUUACCGAAUUCUGCCCCCGUGAAUCUAUUUCUGGCCUCAUCACGAGCCGCCCUCUUGGCCAUUUGCCUUCUAGUUUUUUGGUGAUGUCCUGAUAAUUUUAACGAUUACAGUGGAAGGAUGACGAGAGCUUAGUACUUGGU